GCUUUAAGUGAAACUUUAGAUGUUGAAGACAGACGUGUUUGGGAUGACAUCAGUGCUGCCAAUGUAGUGAGAGAUGCAGCCAUAAGCAAAGCUUCAACGGUUGCUGCUGAUGUCAAGGCUGCUGCAGAAAAACUAAAGAGUACGAUUUCAGAAGGACGAGCAAACAAGUCCACAUCUCAGAAUCCAUCACUUCUUCCUGCCGAGGAAACGAUUAGUAAGAUUCUGUAUCAAGUGCAGAAUGCAGAAACUGAGAUGGCCAGGGCACUGGGAGAAGCCCGAGUUGUGAAUGAAUACAAAGACAUCAUAGAAAAGGGUAAAGAAAAGUUUAAGAAGGAGCUGGAAGCUGCUUUGCCGGAUGUGAAAUUAGGUGAAAAAGGCCAGAAGCUGACAGAAGAAGAGCUUAACUUCUUGAUUGCCCAUGCUCAUCGUCGCGUGGAACAACUUCAAAGACGACUAGCAAAACAAAUGGUCACUGAGCAGGAGAGGAUACAGAAAGCUAUGGAAAAACAGCAAGAAGAGGACAGCAAGGUUACCGAUGCUCGAGUGUCCGUGGAAUUAGCCAAUCAGCAAAGAGAGCUAGAAAUAAGUUACCAAAAAGAUGUGAAUAACUUAAAGGAAGAAUUUGAACACGAGCUCCGCCAACAGUUACGGAGACAGGCAGCCGCCCACAGUGACCACCUUCAAGAGGUCCUUCUGAGCCAGCAGAAGGAGUUGAGCCGAAAGCACGACGAGGAACUGAAGGAUAAACUCCUGCAGGAGAAAACUCGUCAAUUGUCUGAAAUGGCCGAAUCAAUGAGCAAAUUGAAAGGAAUAGAAAACACGUUAAAAGCACGUGAAGAACUUGACAAGGCAGCCAAGAAGGCCCAGAAAUUGUGGCUAGCCUGUCAGGCGCUGAAACAAAGCGUUAAGUCGGGUCGACCUGACGAGGAAGGUUACGGUCAGCCUAAACCCUUAGAUAGAGAAAUUACGGCCAUUAAUGAGGCUGCCGAAAAGGACAAGCCGUAUGUAGCUGCAGUCUUAGCUGGCAUACCCAAAGAAGCCCUACAUAGAGGCGUCUACACUGAGGAAAGUUUAAAAGAACGUUUCCACAAAGUUAAUAAAGUCUGCCGAAGAGUGGCGCUCAUAGAUGAGAACGGUGGCUCCCUCUACAGAUAUCUAGUGUCUUAUUUACAGUCACUCCUAGUAAUUGAAUCAGCAAAACUCCCUGCUGGAGAACUGAAUAAUGAAAACGAAGUUGACCCAUCCAAAUGGCACACUUUCGACAUACUAACGAGGAUUCGUCAUUCCCUGGACCACGAGAACUUGGAACAGGCCCUUAGAUACGCCAAUCAGCUUAAAGGAGAGCCACGAAACGUAGCACGUGACUGGAUUAAAGAGUUAAGAUUACUGUUAGAAACGAGGCAAGCUGCGGAUGCUCUGAUAGCUCACGCAGCAGCGGUCAGUGUCCAGGCUUACCACUGAAGGAUAGUUAGAAACACACUCUCGGUACAGGUCAAACCUCUCGAGCCCUUACAGAUUAGUCCACAGGUCCAGGGUUAAAAGGGACACAGUGCGAUCUUUUAAAUUAAUUGUCAAUGUCAUUAAGUAAUUACAUUUUAUGAAAAGGUGUUUCUACAGAACGAGUGGGCGGUUAGAUAAGCUCCGUUUAAUUUCAAAUCGACUACUUACUUGACCUAUCUUCUCUUUCGCUUGUACAAUACAAGAAAUACAUAGAUAAAAAAAACCGUUAACUGUAAUUUUAAGGUCUUAAAUACACCAUAUGGAGAUGGUACAAAUAAUUAACCCCAUUGUUUGAUGUAACAACGGUAUGAAAGCUAGUAUUUUGAGCACUAGAUGUCAGGUUUUUCACACGUUAUAUUGUUAGCUAAAAAUUAGCUUAAUGUUGUGAUCACUGUUCGCCAGUUUUUUCACCAGUUUGCCUAAAAAAAACUGUUUAAAUGUUGCAAAAACUGGUCGCCAGAUUUUGAGGCUAUAUAGUUAGAUAAUAAUGAGAUGUUAUUUUCUGAAGAAACGUAUCUUUAACCCAGUAAUUGGUUUUGUAAAAUGAAACCUAAACCCAAAUAAAAGAUUAUCCACCACUCA